AUGGCCCCUACCUGCCCAGUAGAACUUAGAACUCUACCCACCUCACACGACUUGCUUUCCUACUCUCUAGAGCUUGUCUCUCAGACUGGUCCAGUUUCUUUCCUAAUUGGGAUUGGCCUCCCCCGAUCUCUGCUGCCCCACAGUGCCAAGAGACUAACGCACGUCAGUUGGAACUUAGGCCCUGUCACUAUCGCUCCAUGGAGCCGACGAACCCGUCUUGGGAUACGCAACAUCAGAAACCUACUCAGAACCCUCGUCGGAUCCCCGUCGGGGCACCAAUAUGGACCUAUCGACGAUGAGGCUCUGCUUCAUAUGCCCAAGUGCGGCAAUUUAUCCGAUCAUUCACAUUCUCCUGCUACUACCUCCUCAAGGGAAUGGAUUCUAGGAGGUACUCCUGUUCAGACUUCGCAGUCAUCAACCUCUACAUUAAUGGCAGGACCACAGAUGGUAGAGACACCGUCACGCAUAUCCACAGGGAAGUCCACAUUGUGGACAACCUUGGCCCAAAUAUGCUUAUGGGCAAGGAUAUUAUCGGACCCGAGAAGCGCAUCAGAUUUCCAUACCCUAGUGAUGGACGAAGCGCAUCAGAUCCGCAACCUGAAUACCCUUCAGGCAACGGCUGUGAGAUGGGUAAAGGGUGACUUUAACGUUCUUUUCACGGCGACUCCGGCGUCCAACGCCAUCGAAGACGUAAAGGGCAUCGUGCCUUUCAUCCUCAAUCCAGCCAAUGAGAAACUGUGGCAGAAGAAUGCUCCCUGA